CCAUAGAAAGACCCCAAUCAUUCCCAUUCCUGACCUAAUUUGUGAUUUUGAAAAAAUAAUCGUUUCUCUCCUCUGCACCUCCACUGGUCAUCGCCGUUGCCACCACUGUUGCUCCUCCUCCACCUUUGCUGCUCAACCACCGUCGAUGCUCUAAUCCUUUCCCUCCGCUGCUCGUGUCCCUCUGCUCGCUUCAGUCUCGCCGGCGCUCCACUUCCACUGUCGCUGCUCUAAUCUUACUGCUCGUGUCUUCAGUCUCGCCGGCGCUCUACUUCCAUCGUUGCUGCUCUAAUCUUGCUGCUUGUGUCCCUCCACUACUUCAGUCUCGCCGGCGCCCCACUUACAGCCGCUGCUCUUUCUCAGGAAAACACAAGGGAAAAGAUGAGUGUUGGUGGCAGUCUUAAAAGUAUUAUAGCUGCAGCAGUGACAACGGGAGUGGCUGAAGCAAGAGCAAGGAUAUUUGGGCACGUACUUAACCCAACAGGACAGCGGUCUCCCCAUAAAAUUUUACGGAAGAAGCUAAUUGGUGAGAAAGUAGCACAAUGGUAUCCUCAUGACAUAAAGAGAGAUGACCCUCUCGUCAUGGCUCGCUUAGAACAACAGCGCUUAUCGAAGCUUGAAAUAUUGAAGCGCCGUGGAAAAGGAGCACCAAAGAAGGGCCAAGGAAAGGGAGCUAUUAAGCGUAACAAGGGGAAAUGACGGGUUCUUUUUUCUCCCUUCCCGUUCCUGUUUUCUUCAAAUAUGCUAUCAGAUAGUUUUCCUUAUUUCCUAUUAACAUUUUUAGUAAGGAGUUGGAUAACAAUUUUAGAGGUAAUACAGUUUUAUGACAUCAUCUUUUUUGUUA